AUGGCAGAUCAAAUUGAAAAUCUCGAGGAUAGAACCUUAGAGGCUGUUCAUGCUUACCAUAAAGCCGAAAAACCUAAUAUCGCUCAAUUGGCGCGGGAAUUCGAGGUUCCAUACCAACGGCUUCGCGCCCGCAUUCACAGGCGCGGGACUAAAACCACUGCUGCUAGUCUAAAAAAGACCCUGAGCCCAAUUCAGGAGAAAAGGUUGCAAAUUCAAUUCUACGCCGCGCUGGAAGCGAUUAGAUAG